AUAGCUCGAAAAGGCAGUCGUAUUCUGCAAUCACUGACUCCCGAGCAGAGGUCUGACAUCAUUAUAAGGAUCGCAAAUCUAUUGCAAACAAAAAAAGACGAGAUUCUCGUCGCCAACGCCGCCGAUCUCCGAGAAGCCGAGGCUUCCGGUCUUUCGAAACCACUGUUAUCUCGACUCAAACUGACGACUGAAAAGUUGAAAGACUUAUCGGAAGGAUUGGUACAAAUCGCGAGUCAAUCCCAGGACACAUUAGGCCAAUGUUUGCGCCACACUUUGAUUGCAGACGGUAUACAACUCAAACAAAUAACAGUCCCAUUGGGGGUACUGUUAGUGAUAUUCGAGUCACGUCCCGACUGUCUGCCCCAAGUGGCCGCCCUAUCCAUAGCCACAGGAAACGGACUGUUAGCCAAAGGUGGCAAAGAAGCCGUUCAUACAAACAAUUGUCUCUAUAAUCUGAUUCGUGAGGCGCUCUCGCAUUACGAUUCAGCCGAGACUGCCGUUGGACUGGUGAACAAUAGGGAAGACGUGAGUGAGUUAUUACAACUCGAAAACAGUAUCGAUUUGGUGAUACCCCGGGGCUCUAACGAAUUGGUUCGCGACAUCCAGGCUCAGAGCAAAUCAAUACCAGUGUUGGGCCACAGCGAAGGCAUUUGUCACGUCUUUGUCGACAUCAAUGCCGACAAGAAUAAGGCCCUCAAAAUCGUUCGCGACUCAAAAUGCGAUUAUCCGGCCGCUUGUAAUGCAAUGGAAACCCUAUUAUUGCAUAAGUCUCUGAUUGAAACUGAAUUUUUUGCCACUCUUUGCAAUAAACUAAAAGAGGAGGGCGUCUCCAUAUAUGCCGGCCCACGACUGUCCUCUACAUUAACCUUUGGUCCGCCACCCGCUAAGUCAUUGCGCACAGAGUAUGGAUCACUGGCCUGUACUAUAGAGAUUGUGGACGACGUGGACGAUGCCAUUGAGCACAUCAACACAUACGGGAGCGGACACACGGAUACCAUAGUGACUGAAGACAGUUCAGCCGCACAUCUCUUCCAGAAAGGUGUGGACAGCGCCUGUGUUUUCCAUAACAGUAGCACUCGUUUUGCUGAUGGAUAUCGCUUUGGUUUAGAAUAUGGAUCUCUGGCCUGUACUAUAGAGAUUGUGGACGACGUGGACGAUGCCAUUGAGCACAUCAACACAUACGGGAGCGGACACACGGAUACCAUAGUAACUGAAGACGGUUCAGCCGCACAUCUCUUCCAGAAAGGUGUUGAUAGCGCCUGUGUUUUCCAUAACAGUAGCACUCGUUUUGCUGAUGGAUAUCGCUUUGGUUUAGGCGCUGAAGUCGGUAUAUCAACCGGUCGUAUUCACGCCAGAGGACCCGUCGGAAUGCAGGGACUGUUGACUACCAAAUGGGUUAUUAAUGGCACUGGAAAUACGGUUUCAGAGUUUGCGACCGGAGAUAACCACUAUAGACACGAACCCUUGCAGUUGGAGAGCUUCGAGUGA